AUGAUCACUCGGAAGACCUUCCCCUCGCAUAUAUGCCUGAGAUGUCAAAGUCGUCUGGCACGGCUGUCUAAAUCCUACAACUCCCAAUUCGCUAUUCGAUCAGCGAGUACUGACGCGGAUUCAUCACCGACUCCUAAACCUCUUCCUGCCAAACGUUUGCCGCCUCGUUCAGACAUCAGACAGCACAGGUUGUUCCUGGUUCCGCACGGCAGACUGGGUCAACCGACUCACAGGCAUUAUAAGUUCAUACGAAAGGACGAUGCGGAUUUCUACGGCCAUACUGGACAGAAGUUGCUGGGCGAGCGAGAAAAACUGCAGAUAAAAACCCUUGGAAAGCCUACAGACGUUAUUAUUCUUCGGGGAUCCAAAAUAUCGCACUAUAGCCCUCGUCAGCGCUACAUUCCGGACAAUGGGCAGCAGAACAUUGAUAUCAUUGCCAGAUUGGACAGGGAGCGAGGUCUGGUCGAUCAAACCGAAGUCGAGAAGAAUAUAGACGAAUUUCGACCCAAGGAAAAUGAAGAGCCCAAAACCAGAAAAGAGUUCAACGCCUUUGUGGAUAAACUUCAGAAUGCAUUCAACAGCCCUCAACUCGAAGAAUACAUCGGAUCUUUCGAAGGAAAACUCACAUUGCAGACACCCCCGGAGUUUAGUCCCAGAUCUUCCCUCUUAGACCCUAUCGAUCCUUCUUGUUACGCUGAUGACGCCUUGGUUCUGGUGGAAACGCCGUGGCUCCCAGAGACAUCCGCACCGAAUGGAUACUUAGAGGAGAAGCUUUCUCUUAGAGGCUAUGCACUGGCAUCUCAUACAAAGAAGCAGCGGCUAGUUGUUAAGUUACUCCGCGAAUGCUGGAAGUUGGAGCUCCCCGAUGUUGUUUCGUGGGUAGGCCAUAUUGAUUUACUCCUGCGGCCGGGCGACGUUGAACAUUUAGCCCAAUCUCCCCUUUUAGAGGCGAUGUUAGAAAAGAUUCUGCCUAAAGACGACGAAGGUGUUGAACUAUACCAUGAGACUAACAUAGUUCGAGUCACAGGAACGUAUCGCCACUGUGGAAAAGCCGUCAAGUUGAUUAAAGACACAUUAAAAAUGAUCACUCGAAAGACAAUCUCCCUAUCUAAGCUCUUCUCAGCUUCCCAGGGCGGGAUCUCUGGUGUUUGGCAGCACACUCCUGACGAUAUCGCAACAUGGGCCGACCGCCAUUUUGAUGAAGCGACCCUUGAGGAACUUGGCAAACUCACAAAUUGCUACAUCUCAAUAUCGAAGGGGAAAUCUAUGUCUGGAAAGAAAUCCAGGAAAAGUAUCCAAACCCAAACAAAAGAUGUUGAUAUCUUGUUGUCCUGCAUCUACAGGGAAUCAUGGAGAUCUAGCCGUAACGACAUGGCACAACGUCUUCUUCUCAGCUCUGACCCGUUCACAAGCUUCCCAAGCAGAACCCAUCACGUCUUAGGUUGCAGACAAGUACCAAAUUGGAACGCCGGGAUUUUUGCGGCUUCCACGGCGCAGGAUUUACCAUGGAAGCAAAAACUUCGUGAAUGGACCAGAUGGAUUGCGCCUGUACGCAGCACUACGGCUCAAUCGGGCGACGAGAAAGAGAAGAGGGCAACGAAAGAUGUUGCAAAGUCACAAGCUCAUGGACCCUAUCCGUCUGGCGAUGAAAUUGAAUCCUCUGCCGAACUACAGGAAAAGACUAGCACUAUACCCAUGGAGGAUGAGAAUUGGGAGACUGAAAGCCACGUAAAUUCUUCCGCCGUUUUUGGUAGGAUACUUCACAGCCAUUCGAAGACUAGCACAUCAAAUCAACCUACGUCCCCUUGGGGGACCAUUCACACAUUACGUGCAUUCAGCACGGAACUGCCAAACGUUAACGAUGUCUUGAGACGUGCUUCUCUGCAUCCUAAAGGGAAUAGGGAAACCUUGACGCUACGUUUUAUUCCGAAUCCCUGCGCUAUUAAUCCUACUACCAAAGAGCCGAUUGGGCUACAUGUCCUAUCCCAGUAUCCCCCGAUAAAUAUGCAUUUCGAUAUACACGAAGAUCAACCUCUCCACUUAAGAUCCGUUGAAGCCAUAACGCAGGAAGUGAAGUCGGAUCUUAUGCUUCCCGAUCAAGCCGUUGAUGUUCGUUUCCUUCGGCAUUCAUUCCGACAAUUGAAACCCCAGAAAUUCAAUAUGCCUGCUAUCACGGAUUUUAUGAAGGGUAGCUAUAUGACACGAAAAGCUCGACGCCUCGACAUUCCUCCUACUAUUAACCUUCCUACGCUUGCCUUGACCCCGACAGAAGAACAAAGCGGGACUUCAAAUGGAGUAGAAUAUGUUUUUGCUGAACGAGAAGUCCGAAGUACACUGUUUCUGACUUACAACGACUGGGCCUUGGAAUGCACACACAUCGUUGGUGGCAAGUCAAGCGGCACGAGAAGCGAGCUUUCAAUGAAGCAUAUCAACGAUUCUUCGGAAAGCACACAGGUAGAACUGUACGAUGCAGCUCUAAGCCUUGCAGAGUCUUUCGGGUCGUCCACAGGUACCCAUAGCCGUCAGUCAGCUCUUGAAGAUGGUGCGCCUUUGAUCUCAUGCAUCAAUGCGAAACGACAAGUCGUAACGCCGCUCAUACGCACUUUGUCUAGUCGAAAGUUCGCGGAGCACCUCGCUAGACCACAGAGAGACCGUGUUCUCCGAGUAGGUUGGGAGCCGCAGAAGACAAAGAAAGCUAAAGGUAGCAAGAACCGGAAGAAGAAAACUCAUUUGAAACAGGAAAAGGAGGCUUAG